UUCUGUGUCUCCCUCUCUCUCUGCCCCUCCCCCGUUCAUGCUCUCUCUCUGUCCCCCAAAAAAUAAAUAAACGUUGAAAAAAAAAUUUUUUUAAAAAAUAAAAAAAACAAACCAAUCGAGAAACCAUGAAAUGACCUGGGAAAUACACAUUUUUUAAGUGGAGAAAAACAAGUCUAAAAGAAGCUGCUUCCUGUCUUCAGGCACUAAAAAGUCCUAGAACAUUCAAAAGAAGCGAAUAUUCGGGUUCCUCCCUCACUGCGGAGAGCCCCACACGGAGGAGGGCCCUGCGUGGAGCCUUGACUGGGGCCAGACCUACAAGGAAAUUCUGGAUCCGGGUCUUUGUGUUCAUUUCCUCCUUGCUGCUUGUAUUUUCAAGGAUUUCUCUAUGGGAUUCUCUCUCCCUCUCUCUUCCCCUCCUCUGCUGUUGCACAUAGGUUCUCUCUCUCUCUCUCUCAAAUAAAUAAAUACACUUUAAAAAAAAAAGAAAAAAGUGACCAGGGCAAUUGGAGCCUGAACCCCAACCCACCCAGGGCACCCCCUUGGCUUUCCCCUGCUCCUGCCCUGAACCCCGAGCCUGCGGAGACAGGAGUGGGUGACCAGUUGUCUGCGAGCACUCAGCAGGACAGUGCCGAAGGGGGAAGGGAGUAAGGACCGCCCCUCCCAGCCCGGCUCUCAGCACCUCCCCUUGCCCAUGGCACCGCCUCCAGAAAGCCCUCCCAGAAUGCCUGGACCACCAGUCACAGCCUCCUGGCCUGGCAUUGGGGCUUUUGAGGCGGUGCCUCAGAGGUGGUGGCAGGCAGUUGGGUGCUGCAGACAGGAAGAGAGCCGAGAGAGGGGGCCCUGCCUUUCCCUUGUCGCUGGGUCUGUGGUGGGCACGGCGGCGGCAAGCAUGGCCCCAGAGUUCCCACUGCUCUUUGAGCUCCUUACGCUGGCCUGCACCCUGCUCAGGGCCCUGGCCACCCAAGAGGUGCGGCAGUACCCCCCCUACGCGAUUGCCCCCGAGGGGGGCUCCGUCGACAUCACCUGCUCCACCAGCGGGUCCCUGUUCGGGGUCUACCUGAAGCAGAGGUGGCCGAGGCCUAGCAGUGUGAUUUACUACGAAGACGAGAAGGAGCCCACGGUGGAUGAGCAGUUUCGGGGACGCGUUGUCUUCUCGGGGCGGCAGCACAACCUGACGGUCACCGUGCACCGCCUGCAGCCGGCCGACACCGGGGCUUAUGCCUGCCAGGCGGUCGCGAAGGACGAGGUCUGGGGCCCCGGCACCUUGGUCGUGGUGACAGACAAGCCGCCCGAGGCAGCGGACACGAGCCGGGAGGCCCCGCUGAUACGCUUUUCCUUCCCUGUGGCCCUGGCGAUGGGCUGCUUCUUCGUCGGGCUGGCGCUGGGGGCGACGUGUGUGCUGAGGAGGACACAGAUCAAGAAACUCUGCCGCCUGAAGGAUAAGAACCCGGCGUGCGUGGUGUACGAGGACAUGUCCUAUGGCAACCGGAACACAGUGUCCAUCCCCAACGUGUACCAGUGAGCCCCGCGGGCCCCCCAGGCUGCCUAGGUGCAGCUCACGGAGGGCCGCCUGACCCGGAGAGGUCGCUCAGGCAGAUCCCUGCGGCCGUCGGGCUCCCGGCACCUCCUCCAGGAGGCCUUCCUUGCUUACUUCCUGCCUUGCGGGCUGCCCUGCUCUGCUGGUUCUGGCACCUCGGGGCCACCAGGGAGGAAGCCUCUCUGACCUGCUGCUCGCUGCCCUUGCCUUCAAACGGCGGGGGGGAGGGGGGGCUCCUCUGCAGGAUGGACUUGGGCCCUGGGCCUGGGAGAGGGGCAAGGGGGAGGGGUCGCCCAGCCCCUGAAAUAAAGCCCUUCUUCUCCCC